CCCGCCGCACCGCUGCCGCCCGGCAUGUCGCAGGGCCCGGGGGCCGGCGGCGUCCUGCACGCGCGCGCGGGCGCCCUGGGGAGCCAGCCGCCGCCGCAGAGCCCCCAGGACCAUGACAGGAAGGUCCGCAGGAGGGAGAAGAACCGGGUGGCCGCCCAGAGGAGCCGCAAGAAACAGACCCAGAAGGCAGACAAGCUGCACGAGGAGCAUGAGAACCUGGAGCAGGAGAACUCGGCGCUGCGCCGGGAGAUCAGGGCCCUGACGGAGGAGCGGCAGAGGCUGAACGAGGCACUGCAGGCGCAUGAGAGGCGCUGCCCGCUGCCCCCCCUCGGCUUCGCACCCACGCUCCGGCCUGGCCCUGCUGCCUGCCUGCCCAGCUGA